UCUUGCAACAAACACAAAAUCAAUGUUGAGGCUCCCCCCGCAUUGACAGCUGGGAAGUAUGCAGAGGCUCCCUCACCCGAGCCGGCCCCCCCACCCUCGACACAUGCUCAGCAUCCUCUGGCCGGCCGAGAAACCGAAAGAGCGAGAAGAGAGAGGGAGGGCGAGCGAGCGCAAGAGCAGCGAGCUGGAAACGCGGCUGAGCAUCACAGGAAGACACAAAUAGAGCCAUAAAGCGACAAAUCAGGCGGCGAGGCCGCCGCGAAGGGGGGCGGGGGAGGACGAAGAGGAGGAAAACUGCCUGCUGAGUCCUUUGCAGAGCCGCGGUUGCUUCAAGAUCCUCUCUUUCCUCCUCAUAUUUUUGCUCCCUUUCCUUCUUUUUUUUUUUUUUUUUUGUGUGUGUGUGAGAGGAGAGGAGGAUGCGAGAACCUGGCGGCUCCUCCUGAGGCUGGAUGCCGGAAUCCACGCAGGCAGGCCAGGAUGGAUGGGCUGCUGGCGCCGACCCAGAUUCCCCGCUCCGCACCGGUCGCCGGCGCUCCAGGGAUGUGACGUUGCUCCGCGGCGAGGAUGGAGGAGACGGUGCGAUCCCUACUCCAGAACCAGGACUCAUUGGACGGCCCCAAGGUGGACCCACUGGACCUGAUGAAAGCGUAUAAGGACAAACUUUUGGAGGAAAUGUGGAAGCAGCAGGACAGUUUGGAGGGUCCGGCAGCUUCGGAAACGGAGACGUCCAAAGCGCCGGAGGCCGGCGGCGGCCCGGAGGGAAGCGCCAACGGCGAUUCCAUGCUCCAACGACUCCGAGCUUUGGAGGCUGAGAACUCGGCUCUGUCCUUGGAAAACGACAACCAGAGGAGGCAAUACGAGCGCUGCCUGGAUGAGGUGGCCAACCAGGUGGUCCAGGCUCUCCUCACUCAAAAGGACCUGAAAGAAGAAUGCGUCAAGCUGCGCACGCGCGUCUUUGACUUGGAGCAGCAGAACCGCAUACUGAGCGUCUUGUUCCAACAACGACUGCGAAUGUCGCCGAGUCCCGCGGCGCAGGAAAUCCCAAGGAAUGGAAAAGUGGCGUCCGCUGCAGGGAGGUGGCCCAGUCUCGUGAGUCUGACGUGCCCGCGUAGUAGCGCGACCGGUAGCGACCUGUCUCUGUCCGGCGCCGGUAGCGAAUACUCCAGCGGCUCGCGCACAUGGGCCGAGGGACGAGGCCUGUCCAAACAGUGCGCCGCCGGUCGGGACAAGAGGAUGAGCGCGGCUGCCGUUUCUGGCCAUCAGACGGACCUCGGCUUGAAGGAAGGCCACAUCCUGAAAGGCCUCGAGCGUCUUCAGACCAGCGUCUCGAAGGAGAAACCCUACCCCGGGUCCGCACCGCAAUGCAAGGACUGCAUGAUGUCCAACGAGGGCAUCUACUCGCUGGGCGUCAAGAGUAACCCGCCGGGGACGACAGCCGAGACAGACAAAAACGCAAACGUAGGGAUUGUCGUCGUGGACCCUGUUGAGAGCAGCAACAACUCACGUGUGUCGCCAAGUCAGGAAUCCGGUGACGACGUGGCAGGAGGGGUCCAGACAGAAGAGGGGUCCAAAGAAUCUUUCGGGAACACCGUUUCGGACAACUUCGUAUUCUCUGCGGGCCCGCCCGGGACGCUGGAAAAAGAAAGCCUAAAGGGACACUCACGAGAAGAAACCGAGAACUCUGGCAUCAUGUUGAGCGACAGCAACAACAACCGGGAACCAUGCAGCGACCGCAAAUCCCGGCUGGACCGCAUGGACUUGGAAUCCCGAGCAGGGGAUGCGACCCCGGCCGUGCGGCAUUCUGCCACGCGGGCUUUGAGCUGCGUGAGCGAAGCCAGACAGCGCAGCUCUUCGGCAGAGGUUUCUCACCAAAGCGACGGCGGGCUUUCAAGGAACCCGAAGCCCAAACAGCAGCUCUGCGACUCGGCCAGGAAGGCGUUCAUCCUGCGCAGCAAGAGUGCCGACGCCGGACCGGAACAGCACAAACACGUCCACUCGCCGCUCCAUCAAAACCUCAUCCGGGGGCACAAAUCCGGGAGCCCCAACAAAAGGCCCAGUCACGGAAAAAUGCACAGUUCGGGUCACGAGGCCCAAAAAGACAAUGACUCUGCAUCCCCGACCUGCAAGUCUUUGGAGCGCGUACAACAGCGCUCGCCUCUCGCGUCGCCUGUCAAAAGCGCUUCAGUGACCAAACUUGUUGAGGUGGAGGAAGAUUCAAAGGCUCCGGCGAGACAGCCGCCGUCUGCAAGAAUUGUGUCCAGCGCGGAGGAGCGCGGUAACGUACAACACCGGGAGCAGCUCACGGACCCGUUCUCUUCGGAGCUCGGCUCCCCGUCCGCCCCGACCCCACCGGGGCGGACGACUUCGCUCCUGCUCAGAACCAUGUCGGACUCUGGACGCGUGACUCGUCCUCAGAGCGCCACUGUGGGAAAGACUCUGUCCGGUCAACAGAGUGGCUUUUCGCCAGACAGUCAAGCCGCCAAAGCGGUCUUCGACGGCCAACCCUCGAGCACGCCGGCCGUCCCCGCUCUAGAAACGCAGGAUUUGGAAUCCGCCGUCGCGUACCGCAGUGGAAUGGUCGCAACCUCUUUGUUACCAAAUCCGAAUGUCUUACAACGGUCUCAGCAGAGCAUUAGCGAGCCAAAACUUUCCGAAGUCCUGCCUCAGACGUACUCCAAUGUCUACUAUCGCAACUGCCAAAAUUCCGGGUCCAGGGCUGCAAAAAUGUCUCUUCCCGCAAACGCUCGAUCCCACGAGGCAAUCUCGGGACCCGAAAGCGGUACGUUCCUCAUGCUCGGUCGCCAGAACAGGGAUGACCCAAGCCCAUCCAUGAAAGGCAUCCAAACCUACCAGACAUACAUUUGUGAGCCUCACUUGAUGAAUGAAGGCGGCAGAUCCCGGCAGAAGAUUGAGACCCGUUGUAAUUCCCUGGAUUCCGAGCCCUGCCGGGCUCCGGUCGCGGCGGACGGCGGCGUGAUGCUGGACUGGGGCUUCGACGAGGAGGGCUGGCUCUUCAAGCGUUCCGUCUCCGUGUCCACCAGACCCCCGCUGAAGCCAGUGAUGGGCAUGAACGGGGCCAAGGCUCGAAGCCAGAGCUUCGGCGCUCGCUACAUGGACCGCCCCAGCUUCAAUUGGUCCGGCAAGGUGCGAACGCAGAUCAAAACGCACUCUGGGAGCUCCCUGAACUCCUUGGGUGACAUUCUCCCAGGAAGCAUGAGCUGCUCCAGUAGCUACCACUGCCCCAUGAACCGAUCACUCCUGGACAACUUCCUCAUGGAGGAAGGCCUGGCAGUUCCCCCGAGUCCGGGCUCAUCCAGUGAAAGACUCCAGAGUCUGAAACUCCAGCGGGAACAAGCCAGACGCCUUCAAAUCGAGCAACAGUUCUGCAGCGCCUUUGGAGAACCCGUCUGCGAAGAACCUGAGAGGCAGAGUACCAUCACCACCAUUGAGGAGAAGGUGAUGCUCGGGAUUGAGGAGAACUUGCACAAGUCUCAGGAGCAGGAGAGGAGUAGCGAAGUCAAGCAGAAAUCCGGAUCCACCUUGGCCAACUGGUUCGGCUUUCGCAAGGGUAAGAUUCCCGUGCCCAGCGGCAAGAAGACGGACGUGGCCAAGGCAAAAGAAGAGAAGAGGGAUCAGAAGAUUACGUCGCUGCUCGGGGGGAAGCAGACCAAGACGGACAAGAAGAGCGACCGAAGAAAAAGUGACGCCAAAGACUGCUCCGUGGGAAGGAGGGAGUCGCACGACGCAGUGCGCGCCUGCAUCUCCAUGCCCUGCCCGGGGAUGUCGCUUCAUGACACGCAAGGACGCAUCGAUGCCAUCGGGGACGUACAGAGAGCGGACGCUGGAAACGGAGCCCUGAUUAAGACCACCCUCCAGGAUGCCGUCAUCGGGUCCGGCUGCCAGAUGCGAACUUUGGACAGCGGAAUCGGGACCAUCCCCCUCCCCGAAUCCUGCUCCUUCUUCUCCUCCAUCCUGCACCUCCUCCCCAAGUCCCCGUCAUCAACCCCCGAACCCGAACCAGCGCCGCCUGUCGCUCGCUUGCCCGACUUCUCCGGCGAGGAGGCGUCCCCGUUGCCCCGGUGGAGGAUCCCCUCGGGUUUUCGGGACGAUCAUGCCGCGGUGCCUCGUUCUCCGUCCCACAUCCAGCCGCCGCCUUUCCCUAGCGCGGCCUUCCUCCGGCCCGUCCGACCCCAACCUCAACCCCUUGUGACGUCUGCCCGUGUGUCUGAUCCCCGCGACGCGGCCCAGAGACCCCCGCAAGGUGGAAUGGAACCAAAGAGGCUGACCUAUAUCAAGACAAAGACCAGAACUCCUGCCAGCCAGCAGAAGGAGCAGACCAGGCUGCAGCUGGCCAACUAGCUUUGGACUCCAUUUGGUGAUUGGAAACUUUCGCCGGAGGACCCGGACGCUCCCGCUUUCGAGCUACAAAGUGGACUGCGUGCGGGACUGAACACCGAAGGUUGCAGAGAGUCACGGUGCCUGACUGCGGUUCGACAAGUACACACACACACACACAUUCUCGCGUUGUCUGCUUCAAACCCAAGCCAAGACUGGCUCCAAAGCCCGGAACAUUUGGAAGAUAAUCCAGCAUCCAAUAUACCAAGCGCAGUACAUUACUCGCUAUAUCUGGCAACACUUUUGUCUGAAGAAAAAGAAGAAGAAAAACGACUCCCGUUUGUUUUCCCUGUGGCGAUUUUUAUUUUUUCUUUUUCAGACCGAGCUCACAGUGGCCGACAUGUAUGGAAAUGCCACAAAUGUUGGUGCGUUUUGGGGGUUCAAACCAUGUGAAAAUAAAAGCUGCAAGCAGUGAGGAGCAGGUCCUCACUAAUGUGAUUUGGAUGCAAUCCUCUUUGGAAAUGUUGCAUCUGUCUGGGCGACCGGCGUCCAAUUGGACUAAUUCAAUCGUGGACAUGUCCCCCACCACAAAAAAAGACUGCUUCAACCCAAAAUGGGUCAGGUGGGGUGGGGCCAUUUCCAGAUUGGAAAACAAGUCCUAGAAUCUUAAAUAGAACCCCAAAAUGUAGCCAGUGAAGGGAUGCCAGAGUAGUCGUGAUGUGCUCCCUCUUACGAAUAGCAGUCAAGAGGCGAGCAGCGGCAUUCUGGAGCAACUGGAGACGCUUCAUGGAGGACUGGCUGACUCCAAAGUCAGGUGCAUGACAAUAAUCCAGCCGGGAUGUGACGAAGGCACGAAUUCAACAUCAAAAAGUGGUCGCAAAGAGCUUUUGGCCGCUGCUUGCAGCUUUCAUUGUUCGAUUCAUUGCUUUAUAUUUUCCACCAUCGUUACCUUUUGUAAAUAUGGACUUCAUGUGAAGAAGGUGAAAACAAAAACCUUGGACGGGAGCUGACGAUCACGCUAAGUGGAGCUGAUCCAAGUGCGCGCUCUUCAUGCUGCGCACUGAGCCACGUGGCUGCUUUUUACUGCGCUAGCGUCCUGCACGGUCUCCGCUGUGGCAUCGGGACCGCUUUCCUUCCCACAAGUGCAAGAAAAUACCGCGUGACAAGUGCUGCUCUCUUGAGCGUCUAUCGCACAUCACAACCACCGUCAUGGUCACUUUCCAAGGGGGCCGUGCAAACGUCUCCAGCGUGUUCUUUGUUAUUGUUGUUGUAUUUCUUCCGCAGCGAUGACGUCAGGACAGUUUGCGCAUUGGAACGUUAUGGAACUCGCUCAGGGAAAACGUGGUCAUUGUCUCUGAUCGACGCUGCGGCUUUGAAGAGGAUUUGGGGCGCUUUUGUACAUGUCCUAACACACAUUUGGAUGUGUGACGACUUGAUGUCAGUAUUUACCUCACGUUGGUUCGCCAGCCGCGUGCUCGGAUCCGAAAGGAAAGCACGCCCGCCGCUGGCUGUCUGCUCGCUUUCUCCCUUGAUGACGUCCGUCCAUAUGCGUAUCGUUUCUCGUGCUGUUUCGGUGUUCCUAUUUACAUUCCUUCGUCGCCGCGUUGCCCACUUUUAUGGGCUUUGCAGUCACUUCCUGUUUUGCUGACUUGUGCUCAACAAACGUAUCUUGUUCGGAGUCUCUGAAAGCAUGCAGCGCCGUGCACAAGCUUUUGUUUUUGCGGCCAGCUCUCCAUGUUAAGCAAAUCAUUGAGUUGACAUUUCAAUAGAUGGAUAUGUUUUGGUUUUUAAUUCCUGGGUGAUAAGUCCAUCUCAAGGUGUGGCCUCAGAAGACGCAUCCACUUGCGAGUUUGUUCGAGUAGGAGGCCUAACAUGGCUACUUUGUACCAAAUCGGCCCACUUCCUGUUCAAUAUGUCAAUGUUUUUGUUGACAUUUUUGGGCGGGGGAUGUUUUUGUUUCCCUGUGUCCCAUUUUUGAUGUCAUGUGUUUUCAUUGGGUUUUUGUUUCCACAUGUUCUCGUCAGCGCUGUCCCAUGUGUCGACCAAUCAGCCAAUCGGCUCCCUCCAGUGACUCGUAGCUUGUCCAGGUGUUCAUCGUUGACGCGUCACUUUGCUUCUGUUUAGUUGGCUGCUUUCAUUCAGGCUUUGCCACUUCGCUGUUACGUGUUGCAGUUAUGUUGUUUCCUCAGAAUAUUGUUUCAGUGGGGCUGGUUUUUUUUUUUUUUUUUUUUUUUAAACCUGUGCUUUCGUUGUUGUUUUUACUUUGUUGGUUUUGUAUUUUGAUACUGCACCAUGCCUAUUUCGUUCUGGGGGAACUUUGUUUUUUUUAAUGUCUUUUUUUUUUUUUUUUUUGCUUCUCUCCAUUCGUGUCCACCUUUUACCUCCACAUGAUAAAAACUGUAGCACCUACAAAACACUUUUUCACCAGAAUACACAUGCUUGCAAAAAAUGGAGUUUUCGGGGCUGGGGUAGCCAGCCUGAAACCGGAGAGCCGGCAAGGCGUGAAAACAAGCAAUUUCCACAACUUUGCACGGGGUACUGCUGAGUGAGCUUUGUGGGGGCUGCGGUGAAUUGAAAAUUAGAUUCAAUGUGAAAAAGUAGUGGGAAAAAAAUGGAUGGAUUUUGAAAAAUGGGUUUUUGGUCAUUGAGGCAGCCACCACUCACUUUGUUAAUCACUUUGUUAGGCACUGUGUCCUUUACAUAUCAAUCCUGUCACUACUGGGCCAUAUGGAUAUUUUGGGAGAAGAUUCAAACUGUAGCGUUAGACCACUUAUUUACCAUUUUAUUCAAACUAUGCUCACUUGCUAUGUGCAUGUUGAUAGAGGAAAAAAAUAUCGCCGUGGCGUUUAUACCCGUAGCAACACAAAGGUCUCAUGGAUAAGUGAGAUGGUUUUUCAUUGAUCAGGGAAACCACCGGCAACAAUGACAUGCGGGUAGAUGGAACUCGGCAUUGUUGUUGUGUUGGGGGGCAGGGGCUCAUUAUAAUGAGUAUGCAUAUUGUAUUUUUCUAACAUUUACCUUGUAUUUAUUACACACUGCGUUGAUUAGUGAAUAUUUUUGUUUUUUGCACAUUUAUUGUGAUUCUGCCUGACGUCGAUGUUUUUUAUGUAAUAAUCCGCGAAUCAGUGACGUUUUUUUUUGUGAUUGAUUCCUAUGCAUUUAUCACUUGUAUACAAUUCCACAUUGCUUUGUUUUAUGUUGGAGUGGGGAAAAAAAUAGGAAUAAAGUAUUUCAGUACUU